AUGAUAAAUAUUAUGGAUAUUAUCAAGAAUAUCUCUAGGACUAUUGAAAAAAUUCCAAAUGCGAUUUUAGGAUCACUUUGCUUGGUUGGGAUUUAUAAAUCAAUAGCGUUUUUAAAAGGACUAGCUCAGAUAUAUUAUGAAUCUUGGCAGAGCUGUAUAGACUUCAAAAAAAGAUAUGGAAGUGACUCAUGGGUCCUGGUAACUGGUGGCGCGAAUGGAAUUGGAAAAUCCUGGGUCGAAAGUUUUGCUAGAAGAGGUUUUAACAUAAUUAUUCUUGACAUAGAUGAAAAAGCUCAUGAAGUUAAAGAAAUAAUUGAAAAAGAAUACAAAGUUAAAGCACAUGUAAUCAUAUGUGACUUGACUGACCAAGAAGCAAUUUCACAGUUAAUAUAUCAAGUUAAAGGCUUUGAUAUUUCUAUCCUCGUCUGCAAUGCAGGUGUCCAUCAUCAUGGAGACGUUUCUAAACAACCCAUAGAAAGCAUUAUGAAGCUCAUCAACGUCAAUAUUGUUAGCACAACCUUAAUGAUUAAAACAUUACUACCUAAUUUAUUAUAAAUAUAAUAAAUAGCGAAGUUGACGGAAAUUGGACCCAGAGGCGCAUUCCUGAUGGAGCAGAUAGGAACAAUACUAAUAAAGAUGAAAUCAAUACCUUUGUCCUGUUUUUGAACUAGGCAUUCAGGUUUAGGGAUGCCUGUCGAAGAGGGAAGUUUGUUUCUCGCAGAAGGCUUUCCUGAGCUAGAGAGGUUUUGCCUACACAUAGUCUUCUCUCAUCGGAACUAUCGGGACAUUCUAUAGACAAUAGCUCUGCCCUAUAGAGCUAAUCCCUCUGGACAUGCGGUUCUUAAUCUUAAUUAGGAGAUUAUCAGCUGCUAAGCUGUUAUUUGUGACGCAGUCACCCAGACCCGAAGGUUCCUCCGCUUUGCGACGCCGCCUACAGGACUCCAACUUAAUGGCUAGCCUGCUCUGUUGAACUUCGCCUCCUUGCAAGCUACAACCUUGCUCCAGUGUUGAGUGGGGCAGAUUUAGGAUAAUUAAAUAUGGCGUCUCCACCUGACAUGGCCUUCGGCCAUGUAGCUUCCGAGCACAUAUUUAAUUAUAUCCGGCAAGGUUUUGCUAACUCAGAAAAGGGCAACAAUGCUAGGUAAGCAAUUCUGGUACUGAACAGAGCCUAGCCCAUGCCCACUUUCAGAGUUGGAUUUUUCCUCAAGGGUAAGGUGGGUUCAGACUUGGAAAGGGCAAGCCCAGCAGAGUCUACAGGGAACACCUAGACCAUUCGGGCAAUUGCCUAGCGUGAAACCGGGCGUUACGUCCCGGGGUCUUGACUUCCACAUUUUGCCGAUAGGUGACCAGAAAUUUCAUUUUUUGAAAUUUCUGUGUGGCCAACCUUGACUCGCAGCAGCCGCAGAAGUCCACAGCCAGCCCACUCAACAUAUCGCCCGAAAGGGGAGGAGAAGACGUCUUUGGGGAAAUCGACACUUCUGAUUUCCAUGGCAGUAGGGUCUCAAGAAGAUGAAGGAAGGGGUCCGAGCUGAUCAGCUGCCCAGCAAAUCCUUUUCCCAGUCGAUCAAGGUGGAGCCGAAGAUGGCGCAAAACUGGUGAACCCUCACGGGUCCGUGGUGACUGCGUUAACAAUAUGGCAGUAGCCUACUAGUAAUAACGAUAACGAUAACGAGUGGGCAGAUUUAGGAAUUCUGAGGCCUUGCUUGAGGCUGUGAGAUAGAAGGUUGUCCAUCCAAAAAAUUUGAAAAACAAAUUUUCUGGUAAGACUGUUGGCUAAAAUGGAAAUCCAAAGCUUGGGACGUAACGCCCAGUUUCACACUAGGAAGUUGCCCGAUUGAUCAGGAGGAUCCUUCCUGAUAUUGCUGAGCUUCCCCUUUCCAACUUUGGCUCCACUUCCCCUUGAGGUAAAACCCUUGGUGUCAGAAUGAGCUGCGGUCGACUAAACUCGACGUUGCGCUCCACUAAGCCAAGGUAAAACCUAGCCGGAUACACAUUCCGAGCGUUUUACUCCCUUCCACAAGGUCCCCUACGAACGCAGGCUGCAGGUGCUGAGAGUUAGGCUGGAUCACCUGUCGCCAUUUUUAUGUAUAUCUUGGACAUGCGUUCAGGCGGGAAAUCCAAAGAACGACCUUUUGGAGCCAAUAUUUGCAACGACUAGUGGGUUUACCCGCUUAUGGCCAGCAUAACCUUUAACCUAGCUUAACUAAAUCUAUUAUACAGAUCCCAAAAAUCUGCUAUAAUAGUCAUGUCAUCUAGAAGUGGCUUUGCUAGUUUCCCCUACUCCUCUAUAUAUGCAGCCACAAAGGCUUAUUUAAGAAUUUUAUGCAUGUCGUUUUAUCAAGAAAUAAAAGAAAAAAUCGACAUUUUGUGUGUCCAACCAUUAAUAGUUAGCACUCCUAUGACUAGACAUAUUAAGGUAGGAGGGAUUAUUUGUUCAUCAGAAGACUGCGUAGAAUCAGCAAUCACAUCGCUCGGGCGCAGAUUAGAAACCUGUGGCACAAGGGCUCAUAAGCUUGUAGAUUGGUAUAUCAGUGGGAAGAAUCUUGACGAAAAAGCAGAAUUUUCAGCAAAUAUGAUAAGAAGCCAGUUCAAAUUGAAAAAACCAUAA